AUGUUGGAUUACCUUAUCGCAAUUUUCCUAUUUGUCGGAAGGAUUAGGGCGCUUCAUGGUUGCAGCCCGCUGACCUACGAUCCCGAAUUAGCUGAACAGGCUCAAAAACACGCUGAAUACCUUGCUUCGAAACGUCGAAUGAUACAUAGUUUAGCUCUUGAUUAUGGUGAAAAUAUUGCCAAAAAAACUGGCACUCCCGGAUUUAAGUUAACCGGCACUGAAGCGACUCUGAUGUGGUACAGUGAAAUCGCCGAUUAUGAUUUCGAAAAGGGAGAUCAGAUAGACUGCGGUCAUUUCACGCAGUGCAUAUGGAAAGACACUAAGAGGGCAGGAUUCGGUAUGUCGAAAACAAGGGAGGGAGAUGUGGCGAUUGUGGUUGGACAAUACAGACCUCCUGGCAAUUACUCUGGAGAUUUUCCUAGAAAGAUACCAUUUCCACUUGAUAGAAACCCGAGAGCCCUCACUAUUAAAGAUAUGUCUACAAUGUGA